AUGAACGACCUGAAAAGACCGCCGGAGGACGAUUUCGAGUCAGUGAAACGCCCAAAGCUAGACUCUGUGGCUGUGUCGUCACAGGCCACUCCCCUGAACGUCUCUGCAAUCCCCACGGCAGCAGAUAUCGCGGCUGCUAACCCGCCCGAGAUCACAAAGAACCCGAAUGAGUUGGACAUUGGCGCCAUAACCGACUCUGCGGACGAGUCCGACGACGAAAAAGAGAUCGCUGCAAAAACGGUUGCCAUCGCAGGAACAAACAUCGUGUUGGAAACAGAAGAAGAUAUACAGAAAUGGAUCGAGGAACGCCGCAAAAACUGGCCCACGACAAAGAGAGUCGAGGAAAAACAAGCCAGCAGUGCACAGCAGUCGGUAAAGGUUCCUGCUCCACAAGGAAACCGUCGUGUUUGCAAGUUUUGGCAGAGAUCUCGAAACUGUAGAAACGGCGCAAAGUGCAAGUUUUUGCACGAAACAGGCCCUGCACGGCCACAACAACUACCCAACCACGCGGUGAAACAGAUCGAGGGCCUCAACGUGCAAGUCCCGCGGCGGUUCACUCCCCUGGUCCACAAGGGGAAGUCGCUACAUAACUUGGUGGCAGAGAGCACAAUGAUGGACGAGAAUAACUUACUGCUACAAGUGUUCCGUAAACUCGCAGACAAUAACCUUCUAGACGACUGGGACGAGAUCAAAUCGAAAUUGAAUCUCCCCAAUACCUCCUAA